AUGGAACGCACAGGAUUGUGGGAUAUCAAAGGCAGCGAAGGCAGCGAAGCUGCUGCCUUCAAAAAUCGAUCAGAUGAAGUGUGUGAUCUGAGAAUUGUUCUUCUGGGGAAAAAUGGAUUAGAAAACAGCAGAGUCGGAAGUUUAAUCCUGGGAGUAGAUGUGCAUGAGAAUGAUGAAUGUACAUCUUUACAGCAGCACAAUGUGAUGAAAAUCAGUGAACCAGUGAAGGACAGACACAUCACAGUCAUUAACACUCUUCAUCUGCUGAAUCCAAACAUCUCAGAUCAUCAGAUCACACAGACAGUGAGCAACUGUGUGGACAUGUCUGAUCCAGGACCUCAUGCAUUCAUACUUGUACUGCAGUAUAAAGACUUCACUGAGGAGGACAUGGGAAGAGUGAAAUAUGUGCUCAACAAAUUCAGUGAAGAAGCAAUUAAACGUACAAUAGUGAUCACGACCGAUGAACAGACACACAUGAGUAAUAUGAAAGAGCAUACUAUUCUUCAGUUAAUAAUGGAGUGUGGAGGAGGACAUCUGCAGUUUGAUGAAAGAAAACCAGAAUGGUGUUCUGCGAUAUUCAAGAGGGUUGAUGAGAUACUCAAGAAAAACCUGGAAGACUAUCUCACAUGUGAGAUAUAUGACGAUGUUAUGGGGACAUCAGCGGAUGAAGAGCAGAGCAGAUCUGAUGAUCCACCCAGAUCAGAGGAAGAAUAUGAGGGAAGUUCUCACCACAAAUAUUAUGGAAAACCUAAAGAGAGAAUGUCACUGAAUGUCUCAAGAAAACAGAAGCUGAAUCUGAUGCUGUGUGGAAGUGAUACAACACUUACAGUUUCUGUAUCCAAACUUUUACGAGGGAAGAGAAUUAAAUCUUCACAUAAAAAUGAGAUCAGUGAAGAGUGUGUGAAGAAAGAGGAGAAGAUUCAUGGACAUCUGAUCAAUCUGAUCAGUCUUCCAGCUCUCAGUCGUCUCUCAGAGGAGGAAGUGAUGCGUCAGACUCUCCGCUGUGUGUCUCUCUGUCAUCCUGGAAUUCAUGCCUUCAUCAUCAUUGUUCCUGUUGGUCCACUAAAUAAUGAUGCCAAAGCAGAAAUGGAGGAGAUCCAGAGGAUAUUUUACUCUAAAGAGCACUUCAUAGUAAUAUUUAUCAGUGAGGUCCCUGUUAAAAGUCCAGUGACAGAAUUCAUAAAAUCCAGCCCAGAAUCUCAGAGGUUAAUCCGUCUCUGUGGAGGUCAGUACAGAGUGAUGGGCUUGAAGGAACCUGAAAACUCAAGACAGAUCCCAGAUCUACUGGAUUAUAUAGAGAACAUGAAGACUGAACCAUAUUCACCUCAGAUGUAUGUGAAGGCUCAAGAGAACAGAGCCAGACAUGUACUGGAGGAGAAAUAUGAAGAAGAACUGAAGAGAAUGGAGAGUAAAAUCAAAGAGUUACAAGAGAAGGGUCAGUCAGAAGGUGGCGAAUGUUCAGAAGAUCCAGAGUGUUUGAGGAUUGUGCUGAUUGGGAGGACAGGAAAUGGAAAGAGUGCAACAGGAAACACUAUUCUGGGAAGAAAUGAGUUUCGCAGCCAAUUAAGGCCAGAUUCAGUGACGACACAUGCGUUUGUCAUUGUGCUGAGUGUGGGACGAUUCAUUCAGGUGGAAACAGACACUGUGGAUCUGAUAAAGAAGAUCUUUGGUCAUAAAGCUGCUCAGUUCAGCGUCGUUCUGUUCACUAGAGGAGACGAUCUUCAGGGUGAAUCUAUAGAGGAUUAUGUGAAGAGAGGUAGCAAUGCAAACCUCCAGAAGCUGAUCAGAGAUUGUGGAAACAGAUUCCUGGUUUUCAAUAACAGAGAAAAACAAGACAGAACUCAAGUGAUUCAACUGUUAAACAUGAUAGAAGAGGUGAGACAUAGUAAUCAGGGUCGAUAUUUCACUAACAGCAUGUUUGAGGAGGCAGAGAUGUCCAUUAGAAAGAGAAUGGAGGAAAUACUGAAAGAGAGAGAGAGAGAAAUAGAGAAUCAGAGAGAAGAGUUACAGGCCAAAUAUGAGACUGAAAUGGAAAACAUGAUGAAGAGACUUGAUGAAGAGAAACAAAGAGCAGAUGAGGCGAGAAUGAAAAUAGAAAAUCAAAUGAAACAAAAAGAGGAAAAACUCAAAAAAGAGUUUGAAGAAAAAGAGAAAACAGAACAGAAGAAAAGAGAGAUUGAAAACCAGAAACGAUCAGAAGUGGAAAAAGAGCAAAGAGCCAAAUAUCAUCAUAAAAUAGAAGAGAUGAAGAGAGAGAUUGAAAAUCAGAGAUCAGAUUAUGAAAAACAGCAGAAAGAAAGAGAAGAAGAAGAUAGAAAGAGAGAAGAGAAAUACAGACGAGAUCAAGAAAAGAUGAAACAUGAACAAGAAUGUAUUAUAGCGGAAUUACAGAUGAAACAAGAAAAUGAAAUAAAAAAGAGAGAUUUGGAUGAAAAAAAGAGGAAUGAAAAAGAAGAGAAAGAAAGACAAGAAUGGAAAAGAAAAAUAAAAGCAGCUGAAAAUGACAGAAAAGAGACUCAAGAGGAAAUUAAACGACAGCAGAGAGAAUGGGAGGAUGAAAAGAAACGCCAGAUGAGAGAACGAGAGGAAGAAGAAAGAAAGAGAAAAGAGAAACACGAGGAACAACUGAAAGAAAAACAAGAAGAACUGGAGAAAAUGAGAAAGAGAUUUGAAAGAGAGAGAGAAGAAGAAAGACAGAAGAUAGAGGAGGAGAUACAGAAACAGAGAAAAGAAAGAAAAGAAAAAGAGAAAGAAUAUGAAGAAAAGAGACAGGAAACAAAAAGACAUUAUGAACAACUGGAGCGAGAGAGAAGAGAGGAGUGGCAGAGAAGAAAACAAGAAGAUGAUGAGAGACAAGAAGAAGAGAGAAAGAGAUGGAAGAAAAUAGUUGAAGAUCUGAAACAAGAGCAAGAAGAAGAGAUCAAGAAAAGAGAAAGAGAGGAGAAGGAGAGAAAAGAAAGAGAAGAGAAAGAGCGAGAUGAAAUGAAAAAGAAACAUGAAGAGGAAAUGAAAGACAUGAAGAAGAAACAUAAAGAUGAAGCCAGAAAACAAGCAGAAGAAUUUAAUAAGUUUAGAGAGACAAAAGAGCAGCACAUUCAGGAGCUCCAGAAGGUAAUGGAUGAACGCCAGAAACAACUUGAAUUACUGGAGAAACUCUUUGAACACUUCAAAGAUGAGAAAAGUGAAGAAGUGAAAACUCUGAAAAAGAAUAUUGACGAUUUAAAAAAGAAAUGGUGUAGACUUAUGUGAAGCUAUCCU